AUGCAGUUGCGAAAGCGUUGCACGCUUCAGGUUGCCUGGUUGCAUUUUGAGCAGCGGGUCAAGGUGAACCUGACGGCGGCCUUCUUGCUGACCGAGGUGUUGGCGCCGCUGAUGCCUCCGGGGGACGCCUCCGUGAUCCACAUCUCAUCAACGCGCGCCCUCCAGUCAGAGCCCAACAGCGAGGGCUACGGUGCCGCGAAGGCCGGCCUUGUGGGCCUCACUCAUGCGCAGGCGGCCUCCCUGGCGGGCGUGGCGCGCGUCAACUGCGUCUGCCCCGGCUGGAUCGACACGUCGGGCGACGCGGCGUCCCUGCGGCCCGAGGACCACGCCUGGCACUGGACAGGCUCUGUGGGUCGCCCCGAGGACGUGGCGGAGAUCGUGGCCUUCCUGGCCGAUGGGGCGCGCUCCCGCUUCAUCACUGGCCAGCAAUUCGUUGUGGACGGCGGCGUGUCGCGGCGCAUGACCUACCCAGAGUAG